UAUGAAGAUUUGGUAUGCUUCCGAGAUAUCAGACCAGGAGCGCCUCAUCAUUAUUUAGUGUUACCAAAGAACCACAUUGGAAAUUGCAAGACUCUUAAGAGUGAGCAUAUACCAUUAUUGGAAAGAAUGAUGGCAGUUGGAAAAGCUAUCCUUCAGUGGAGUAAGUGCACUAACUUGGACGAUAUAAGGAUGGGCUUUCACUGGCCUCCCUUUUGCUCCAUAGCUCACUUGCACCUUCAUGUCUUGGCUCCAGCUAGUCAGCUGGGAUUCUUGUCCCGGAUGAUAUACCGAAUCAAUUCCUAUUGGUUUAUUACA